AUGAAUUCCCUCGGUUGGAACUGCCGGGGGCUUGGGAACCCCCGGUCAGUUCGAGCACUGCACAAUCUGGUGCAGUAUUGGGCUCCCAAAUUAGUCUUCCUCUCAGAGACUAAGGUAAGGAAAAAACGUAUGGAAAGAAUUAAGGAAAGAAUUGGGUUUGCAAAUGGGCUUUUUGUUCCCUGUCAUGGUCGUAGUGGGGGUCUGGCUCUCCUGUGGACAAGAGAAACUGAUCUGGAGAUUAAGAGCUUUAGCAAUCACCACAUUGAUGCUGUCAUUACAGAGGAGAAUUCGAAUUUUAAAUGGAGAUUUACUGGCUUCUAUGGCCACCCCCAAACUCACUUGAGGCAGAAAUCUUGGGAUUUGCUUGAUUUCCUGCAGGGUCAAUCUCAGCUCCCGUGGUUUUGUUUUGGAGACUUCAAUGAAAUUCUAUCAAUGGAAGAAAAGACAGGAGGGGCUAUAAGAUCACAGGGUCAGAUGGAUAAAUUCCGUGAGGUGGUUAAUGUUUGUGGCUUCAAAGAUUUGGGCUAUAUGGGACCGGACUUCACAUGGUGUAACAUGCAAACUGGUGAUAGCAGGGUUUAUCUGAGGUUGGAUAGAGCUUUUGCAACAUGUGACUGGAUUAACAAGUUUGGUGAAGUAAGAGUUAAUCACCUGGUAGACUCAACUUCAGAUCACUGUGCUUUAUAUGUUGUGGACCCUAAAGCUCCAAAACGGUCCCGUACUCGUCGUUUCCAUUUUGAGGCUAUGUGGACUAAAAAGGAAGAAUGCAAAGACAUCAUCAAGGCUGCUUGGAGCAGUGCUAGUAAUGUGAAUACGGCUGAAGGUAUGGCUGCGGCCUGA